AUGCGUCCCUUUCGCAUCCUCAAUCUCAUCCGCCCCUCGUCUGCUCCCUUCUCACCUUCGUGUCGCCUGUCACGUCAAGCCACCUGUGCUUACCGCUCCUCACCCUCCCGCCGCAACUACUUCCCCAAGCGCCCGGCUUUCCACAAGAAGGAAAGUGUCUUGGAUCCUGUCACGCUUCUGCUUGCCAUCUCUACAGGCUUCGCGACCGCCUAUAUCGUAGAUACAUAUCAUCAAUCGUCAAAGCCUGACAAGCCUUCGCUCCCCGACACAUCCGUCCCUUCUAUCCCUUUGGAAACAGAAUCGGAAGCAGACAUGGCGCCUACCACUCUACCGGGACGCCCGGGUAACCUCACUCCGGAUCAAGAGGAAAAGCUGCGCGAGCUUUGGAUGCAGACUCUUGAUGUCUUUGGCGUUGUGAGCGGUGCUCGUCCGAGUGUCGAUGCUGGUUCCGCCGCUUCCACCCCUGCUCCUGCCGACCAGAAGAAGAAGUCAAAGCUGUCCAUGUUCUCUCGCAAGAACAAGGACGCCGACCACUCUGCAGAGAACACCGACGAUGAGAACGAUAAGCACGGUCAGGCCAAGGAGUUCCGUCAAGCCCUCCAGAACCAGAGUCCCGAGUCGCUGCGCACUGCCUUCUGGGGUAUGGUCAAGCACGACGACCCCGAUGCUUUGCUUUUGAGAUUCUUGCGUGCUCGCAAGUGGGAUGUCCAGGCUGCCCUCGUCAUGAUGAUCUCGACUCUUCAUUGGCGCUCGCAGGAGAUGCACGUCGACGACGACAUUGUCUACAAGGGCGAAGGAGGCGCUUUGAUCGACGCCAAAUCCGCUUCAGAUGCGACCACAAAGAAGGAUGCUGAGGACUUCCUAACUCAAUUGCGCAUGGGCAAGAGUUUCUUGCACGGUGUUGAUGCCGAGGGAAGACCGGUUUGCGUUGUCAGAGCUAGACUGCACCGCGCUGGCGAGCAAACGGAGAAGAGUCUUGAGAGAUUUACCGUCUAUACUAUCGACACUGCUCGCAUGAUGCUCAGACCUCCAAUUGAUACUGCCCUCCAANNGACCAUUGUUUUCGACAUGACGGGUUUCUCAAUGUCAAACAUGGAUUACACUCCUGUCAAAUUCAUGAUCAAGUGUUUCGAAGCCAAUUACCCUGAAUCGCUUGGUAGUGUCCUCGUGUAUAAGGCUCCUUGGGUCUUCCAAGGCAUUUGGAAGAUCAUUCGUGGUUGGCUCGAUCCCGUUGUUGCUUCCAAGAUCAACUUCUGUUCGAACGUCGAAGAGCUCUCCGCUUUCAUUCCUAAGAGUCAAAUCUCGAAAGAGCUUGGUGGCGACGAGGACUGGGAGUAUCAUUACGUCGAGCCCAGGGAGGGUGAAAACGACAAGAUGAAGGACACAGCAUCAAGAGACAGAAUUGAAGCCGAACGCAAGGAGCUGGUACAAAAAUACCAGACCGAGACCGUGAACUGGGCUAAGGGUGAGAACAAGGGAGAGCAAAGGUCGGCGCUGAGGCAGGAGCUGUUGCAAAACUACUGGCAACUCGAUCCUUAUGUCCGUGCAAGGACAUUGUAUGACCGCAUCGGUGUCAUCGGUCAUGGCGGCAAGAUGGAUUUCUAUCCAACUGCUGUCUCGACUAGCAGUGCCGACCUUGACUAG